GGCUUUCAUUUAAGGCUGCCUGGAAGCGCCGCGCGCGCGCACAUUUAUACAUAUAUAUACACACGCGUAUAAAUCAUAACACGGUCAACGGCGCGGGUCACUUCCUAAGGAGCUUCGCGUGCCCUCUUGCUUUGACCUCCUUUACUUCCUCCCGUCCUCGCGAGACUCAGGGGCCUCCCCCACCCUGUGGUGUGAUGGGACUACUGUUUCAUCCUCGAUAACUGGCUGCUGUGUGUUUCUGAAGUGGCUGAAGGGACAAACCCCUCCUCCUGGGGCCUGAACAGGGGUCAGCGUUGCUGACAACGGUGUGCCCUGUCAGCCAGAAGAUCUCUUCUGCUCCCUAAGACAGUUUCUGCUGUUGGGGGUGUGCGUGUGCUUGCAUGCACUCCGGUUGCCUUCCCUUCCCUCUAGUAUCGUCCUACUUUACAACUGCAUUUGCUCAACAGUUGAUCUUGAACAGAGAAAACAUUACAUCUUCCAUAAUCCUGUGGAAUAUUGGAAGUCAACCAAAUGGCAUCCUCUACUGCUGUGCCUGUAGGUUUUCACUAUGAAACAAAAUAUGUUGUCCUCAGCUAUUUGGGUCUCUUCUCACAGGAAAAGCCUCAGGAGCAGCACUCUAUGCCAACUCAAGUGACUGAUCCAUCUGCUGUCUCGCAAACUUUAGAUAAGGAGAUCCUGGACAAAGUUAAAGCAGAAAUUGAGGAUGAAUUGAAACGCCUUGAUGAAGAAAUUUUGGAAGCUUUCACCAGCACUGGCUUUGAUUGCCACACAUCUCCAGUAUUCAGUCCUGCCAACCCAGAAACUUCAAUAGAAGAUUGCUUAGCUCAUCUUGGAGAGAAAGUCUUCCGAGAAUUGAAAGAACCUCUUCAAAGGGCAUUAGAGACCCUAUUUAGCAAACCAGUGACUUACCAGGAAUACAAGGAAAGGACACAAGAAGCAGCAACUCAUGCCACUGGAUGGAGCAAGGUUUUAGUGCCUCUGGUGAUUCUUCAGCAAUUCCUGAUGGAGCUGACAAGACGGGGCCAAGAGCCACUUGGUGCACUGGUGAAUUUUGGAGUGACCUAUCUGGAGGACUAUGCUGCAGACUAUAUCAUCCAACAAGGUGGAUGGGGCACUGUCUUCAGUUUGGAUUCCGAAGAGGAAGAGUACCACGGAAUCAUUGCUGAAGACAGCAAUGACAUCUACAUUCUAACUAGUGACAACUCGGGCCAGGUGAGCCCCCCUGAGUCACCCACAGUGACAACAUCUUGGCAGUCGGAGAGCUUGCCUGUUUCUUUAUCAGCUAGUCAGAGCUGGCAAACAGAGAGCUUGCCAGUAUCUUUGGGCCCUGAGUCGUGGCAACAAGUGGCUAUGGAUCCAGAAGAAGUGAAGAGUUUGGACAGCAAUGGAGGUGGGGAAGAAAGGAGUGAAAAUAACUCUUCAAACUCAGAUAUUGUGCAUGUUGAAAAGGAGGAGAUACCAGAGGGGGUUGAGGAAACAGUGUCAGAAGUGGGUCUGCAAACUGACACCACAAAGAUGGGUUCCCAAGAAGCUCCGACUGCACUGCUGAAGAUGGAAUCAGAAGCUGAAAUUGUGUCUUUUAAAAAGCCAAGUCCCUCUGCAUCUUCACUCACUGAACACCAGAAAGAGGGAAAAGUAGUGGAGGUGCCAGAACCUGACCCUUUAGUCUUGAGUAAACCUGCCAAGCAGUUAACUCCUGCAGAAGAAAAGGCUGCCCCCAUACCAGAGAAAAUACUGCUUCCAGAAGAAGAAACAAAGGCAGGGAAGGAGAGCUAUUCUGAAGAAAAGGAGAAGUCCCCUGCUGGAGAGGAGAAGCCCAUCCUCUUGCCAGAAGGCAAAUCCAUUCUGCUGUAUGGUGGGGCAGCUGCAGUGGCUAUCUUGGCUGUGGCGGUGGGUGUAGCACUGGCACUGAGGAAGAAGUAGAGAACUCUUUGCAAGGAGUAGCGCCUGAUCCACUCUUAGUUGCAUUGACUGAGGGUUGUGGUGCCUGCUGUUAAUGGGAAAUUCAUGUAACUUAAAGGGUGGUGGGCAGGGGCAGGGGUACACAGUAAGGCUAAGCCUAGGGACAAUCAUGUUUUCAAUGGACUGGGACUGGAUCUUCCUGUUUAACAUUCAGGGGUGUCAUUUUGAAGCCCCCAGCACAUUUAAGUAUCUAAGAAUAACUGAAAAAUGGGGGUGCUUUUACACUGGAAACUGGAACAGGAAAUUCCUAGGGAAUGGGAGAAUUGGUUGUUACCCCCUGGAGGCUUCUUUUACAUAGCUGCUAUUGCAGCUUCUUGAUUCCCCUCCACCUCUCAAAUGAGAGGUUCUGUAUUCCUGUAGCAUGAGGCUGGUCUCCCUUUUGUCUCAGCUUCCUCAGGUACUGCACUGCUCCCUUUGACCUCCCAGUUUCCUUUUCAUCCUCAAAGGGUAGUGCUUAUUUAAUACCUCUUUGCUUUAUACCUUUUUUGCCCCCCCAAAACUUUCUCAUUAAUGAAAUUCCCAAAGCUCUGUAAUGUUGGAUGAAGAAAGCAAUACUCUCCCAUGUAGGAGUGAAAAUAUAAUAUAGUUUGGGAAAAUGUAAUGUUCUUUGAUCACCCAUGUGUAUUUGUCACUUUGGUGAUUCUCUCCCCCUCCCUGUCCUCAAUCCCCCAAUUCAUUCUGCUUUACUGUAUCAAUUUAGUUCUUAAAGCACACUCCUUUCAUACAAAAGAAAAUGGCAAUAUUUCUAUCCAGCAUUUAUAAGCAAAAUUGAGGUGAAGAGUUGAACAGACACCAGUUGUGAAAUAUAAAUUUAAGUACUCAUUUUGUCCAUCUCUUAUCUAUUUUGUUUCCCCACAUGUUCAGGAGUGGAAUACAUUUAGCCUUAAAUGGGCUUUGACCACUGACUAAUGAGCCAGAUACGUCUUAAACACACACAAACAACUGAUUCAGGUGGUUCAACCUAAAGAACACUGUGCUGUACCUUCCAAUUGUUUGCCUGGUGCCUGGCCACAGGAUGAGUGCUGAUUUGAAAGCCACUAGUCUUGUACAGCUCCUUUAUCUUCAGAUAAUCGCUAUGUGUUACUUUUUAAAAUCUAAUCAGCUAUAAUUGAUCUCAGAGAAGAAUAAAAUCGGAUUCUUCUAGUCAGUGUUUGUGUUUGUAUUGGAAAUGACAUUUAAAUAUUAAGGCACUCCCUAUGUAUUCCAGAUCUGUGUAGUGGAGAUGCUCCUGUGUUUCAAGGGAUUGGUGUAGUUCUUGUUUGGCCUAGAGAUGUACUGAAAAUGUUUAGUCAAAGUGAAAACAAAAUAAUCUUUCCCCAAAUCUCUCUUAAAACCCAUGGGCUGCAACAUAUAGACACAUUCUCUCUUCUAGCUACUCCCCUAAGUCUAUCAAAUGUCACUGAUUUGUUUUCUAAAUUCUUGGUGUCCUAAUCUGGAUAUGAUGACUCGGCACAGCAAUCCAGUAUCUAGUCAUAUAUUGCUCUGUAGUAAUGUUAAAGCGUAGAGUAGUGGUUUUCUCUUGUUCCUUGCCAUAGCUGCCUUUUCUGGUUACCUUCUGUAGAUUGGAUGAUCAGGAAAUUCUUAAGCUUCUCUUCAAUCAGACAUGGCAUUCCAACUUUCCAUUCAUGUAAAUAUAGUAAGAACUAUUUCAAAGUAUUGCACGUAUGCUCAUCAUGUGGCAAGGGUGAUUUUGUUUUUCUCCAGCGCUUGUGUAAAAACUGUUCUUGGAGCAACGACUUGGCAACAAGUGGUCUCCUCAUGAAUGAUCUGUGUUGAUUCUCUGUGUUACUAAAAAAUGGUUGAUGACUAAAUUGCCCUUAAUGAUAAAGCAAAUGCAACUUUGAUUCAUUUUAGGCAUUUGCACAUGAAUAGAGAGCAUGCUGUUCCCACAGGUAGCAGCCAGCUAAGAAACUGCUGCAAAUGCCCUCGUUAUGUAAGUGGCUCAAGUAUGGGUAGGUUAUUUUUAAGUAGAUGCAACUCAAAGGGAAGAAGGAAAAACGAACUCCCACCAUUUUUGGAGCUUUGCUGGGUUUUUUAAAAUGCAUUCCCCUUACAAAAACUCAAAUUCAUUAUGACUUUAGUGCUGUGGCAAUUGGCUCUAAAAACUGUGUUCUUAGUUGCUGGCUUCAUGGCUUAGUGUGGUUCCCAUUUACUUGCUAUUCUUAACUCUUAAUUCCAUUUAGCAUAAAAUUGGCUUCCUUUGUCGCUAAUAACAGUCAAUUGAUUUUUUUGGGACAUCUGAGAAUAUCUGGUGGUAGUGAUUGCAUCAACAUUAACUUUAGUACGGAUGACAAAAGAGUUUGGUUCUAAUGAUUGUUGAUUUAGGGUUGCAUGUUUCCCUUACUAUCAAAGCAGCUGUAAAAACUUAGGAACAUUCUAUGCACAUUUCAUGUUAGCAAACCAGGUGUGCACUCAGUACAUUUGUCAGGAAGCAACUGCCAGUCCCAUCUUCCUGGUGAGUGUACAUGUAUGAUAUGAGAUCACACCUACAUACAUACACACAGUAAUGUGUGAAGUGGCUCUUAGCUAUAUGGGAACUUUGGCAAGUGGGUUUAGAGUUGCUGGCUAGGUAAUUUGCAAUGUUUUUUUCUAGUGCUGUUUGUUAACCAUUUUUCAGAAUAAAGUGCCUCAGUGUGUUCCAGUGGGCUUUAACUGUUUUUCUUAUUUAUCUUUGCCUACCUUCUAUUUUGUAGAGUUACUGCCCGAGAAUGCUCUCCCCCUGUAACUCUAAACAUGCUUUCGGAAAUGAGGAAGACUCCCAUGCUGGAGAAGGUGAAAUAACCACAGCUGCUAUGUGAUUUAGCAUAAGCAUUUUUGCAUGUUUCUCUAGCAACUACUGGUUCCAACCUCUCCUAGCUUGACACUAUUGUACCAGUUUGAGUUCUUGAUAUUUAGAGGUGACACUUUUAUUGGCCCGUUCAGAAGAUACCUUAAACCACGGUUUUUACCACGGUAGUUAAAGCCGUGGUUUAAGAUGUCUUCUAACCAGGGCCAUUGAAGAACUCCAUCAUUAAUUAGAAAGGUUUUGAUAGGUUGUACAUAGAUGUUGCUUACUCUGCAUGGACAGUUACAAAAUUCUUUUUUACUGCACACACUGUUAAAACUAUACAUGAAUUCUUCAUCCUGUGAAAUAAACUACUUUUCUUGA